UCAGCGAAAAAGCUCGUUGUCUCAACAUUUGGUGACCCCGACGUGAUCGUCAGUAACAAUUUGGAAAUAAACAAUUAUAAACAGUGAAAAUUAUCCGCUAAACAUAACUGUUCGAACGCGAAGCGGUUAGUUCCCAUUUCGUCGCGCGCUUGCUUACAAGCACUAAUACAGCUACGUGCAUUAGCGGCUUCGGGUUCGCUGCACUUGCGCUUGCAUACCAAAAAAAAUCAAACGGUUGGUUCUUCGAUUCUUCUUUGUGCUUUGCUCGCUGCUGCCUGUCGAAAAUGGAUGAGUCUAAUGACGUGCCGGAAAACAGGGUGUCUUUUUACAAACUAAAGGCACUCUCAAUAUACAAAAAAGCCGUUUCACUUCGAGAGACGAUAUUGAAUGAUGAAAACAACCCAAUCAGUGAAGAUGCGCUAAGUGUUCAUUUAAAAUUCUUGGAAAAAAUGUCCGACUCAUUUAAUGUUACUCAUUCUAAUUUAGAAGAGCUUGAUGUAAGCGAAAUUGGCAGCGACUUAAGCAACAAUUUUGACGAUUUGGCGAUGGAAAUCGAAGUUCGUAUUCGCUCAGCACUCCGCAGGACUACCCAGAACAUGCCGCAUCACUCAACGAUACGACCCGAGCUCAACGUUACUGCCUCCGGAAAUGUACGGUCACGAUAUCAUAUUCCUGACAUUAAACUUCCCACUUUCCGUGGAGGUUAUACUGAGUGGGCAGACUUUUACUCGAUGUUUAGCACAGUAAUAGAUCAGGAGCCCUUUCUAUCAAAGAUUGAGAAGUUCCAGCACCUGCGCUCAUGUUUGGAUGGACCUGCCCUGGAGGCUGUUCGCUCUUUGGAAGUAUCGGAGAGCAAUUAUGAUAUUGCAUUGGACAUUUUAAACAAUCGUUUCAAUAAUAAACGUUUAAUCUUUCAGGCACACGUCGCUGAGAUUCUGAGGCAUGAGAAGGUUGAAGAUGGGUCAACUACAAAGCUACGUACUUUAUCGGACAAGCUUCAUUCUCACAUGAGAGCGCUUAGAUCGAUGGGUACCAUGGAGGAAAUAGCUGGAUGCAUCAUCGUUAACUCCACAUACAAGUAUCUCGACUCUGAUACCAGGACCAAAUGGGAGGAGCUGUCACCCCCUAACGUCAUACCAACAUGGGACCAUUUUUCGGCUUUUUUGGAGAGGAGAUGUCAAGCCAUGGAGACCAUGGAUCAAGCUAUGUCGAUUCAAAUCCAUAGCAGUCAGGUUGGAAAACAUAAACGAAUCACUCAUUCAAAACACAGUCUUGUUGCUACAAAUACAAUCGUAUUGGAAUGCGUGUUCUGUGAUAAUAAAGGGCAUAACAUUUACAGCUGCACUCGCUUUGGAAACCUUUCGCCAUCUUUGCGUCUUAGAGAGGCAAGGAAGCUUAGAGUUUGCUUCAACUGUUUGAAGAAGGGACAUCGGAAUACCUCCUGCAGUUCAGGCUCUUGUCGCACAUGCGGUGAAAAGCAUCAUACCCUUUUACAUAUCAACAAUCCGCUGCCUACGUCAGUUAACACGGAACCUGCAAACGCUACUACGUCUCCUAUUCAGACAGACUUAUGCCCAGGCCCCAAUCUUUCAAGUUCUCUUGUUGCCGCUUCAUCACCAUGCUCGCCUCCUGCUCAGAAUCUUAGCUCAGACGUAGUGCUUCUAGCCACGACAGUCAUUAUGAUAAAGAGUCGAGUUGGUGAUCUUCUUCCUUGCCGGGCUCUUCUGGAUUCAGGCUCUCAGAUUAAUUUAAUAACCUCUCGCUUUGCUCAGAGGCUUCAGCUGAAACGAGCCAAAGGGUCGGUAUCAGUAUCGGGUAUCGGCGCUGAUUCUGCAUUUCACACGGAAGGUUCAGUUAAUUUGGUCAUUCAAUCCAGGACUUCCGAUUACUUUACGAGUCUCACAGCUCUCGUUGCUCCACGUAUUACAGGAAACCAGCCUGCUUCUUCAUUUGAUGUAUCCAAAUGGGAAAUGCCAUCCAAUAUCAGCCUUGCUGACCCACACUUUAACAAAUCUCAGCGCAUCGAUGUACUUAUUGGAGCCAGCUUAUUUUACGACAUUUUAUGCGUUGGACAGAUCAAAUUGGAGAGGGGACUUCCUAUAAUACAAAAAACCCGUCUCGGCUGGGUUGUCACAGGUGGAGGUCAGUACUCCCGCAGCUCAGUGCUCCUAGCUGCCUCUAGUUCGACGGAAUUGAGUCAAACGCCUACCGUUGGUUUGGAUGAGCUAGUGCGAAGGUUCUGGGAAGUGGAAAACUGCCACGGUCCCGCUACAGAAGCAACAAAGGAGGAAAUUGCUUGCGAGGAACAUUUCAAAAAACAUUGCGGUCGGCUUCCAAGUGGCGAAUAUUGCGUUCAAUUGCCUUUAAAGCUGAGUGACAGUCUUCUUGGAGAUUCUUAUCAACAAGCCUAUCGCAGAUUUCUCAAUCUAGAGCGCAAGUUGGUUCGCAAACCGCUUCUCAAGGCCCAAUACGCCGCAUUUAUAAAGGAAUACGUCGAUUUGAAUCACAUGUCCCCUGUCAAAAGUGACGCACUUAAACAAUGCAAAUUUUUUCUUCCUCAUCACUGCGUCUUAAGAGAAGACAAAACCACCACAAAACUCCGAGUAGUUUUCGACGGAUCCGCUUGUACAUCUACAGGAUAUUCCCUCAACGAUAUAUUGAUGUCAGGCCCAACAAUUCAGCCAAAGUUAGUUACGACUCUUCUUCGAUUUCGUACCUUUCGUAUAGCAUUGACUGGUGACAUUUGUAAAAUGUAUAGAUGCGUCCGUGUCUCGCCCCAAGAUAGUUUUCUGCAGUGCAUACUGUGGCGUGACUCACCCCUCGAGGAGCUAAGGACAUUCAAGCUGGAUACCGUGACCUAUGGAACGAAACCAGCAGCAUUUCUGGCCGUCCGUUCUAUGCACCAACUAGCGGCAGACGAGAGUUCGUCAUAUCCAAUUGGCUCUGAAGUUGUGCUGCGGGACUUUUACGUGGAUGAUUUGCUAACGGGGGGAGAUACUACAAAUGAGGUGCUGGAAAUAAUUCGCCAGGUGUCAGGACUAUUAGCCAAAGGAAAUUUCAAGAUCAGAAAAUGGUGUUCCAACGAUACAUAUGUACUCAAUCAAACACCCCAUGAAGAUAGGGAAACAUUUGUUAAAUUUACUGAUGGCAGCGAUGUAACCAAGACGCUAGGUUUAGCAUGGAAUCCCACUUCGGAUGAGCUAUUAUUUUCAUUCUGUCCCAAUCAAGUCCCUUCGAAACCAACUAAGCGAGUUGUAUUGUCAACUAUUGCACGAUUUUAUGAUCCACUCGGACUUAUAGGGCCAGUUAUUACUAAAGCAAAAAUAUUUCUACAGCAGCUGUGGAAAGAAAAGCUUCAUUGGGAUGAAAGUCUGCCAGUCUCCUUACGCACAACUUGGAUCAACUUUAUUCAGCAGUUUGACUCUAUGCAACAAAUUUCUUUCCCGCGCCUAUCUUUCCUUCGAAGCAGCAACCUUGAAAUGCAUGGAUUUUGUGAUGCCAGCAUGAGUGCUUAUGGAGCUUGCAUCUACGCUGUUUCGCAAGGCGACAAUGGAGUCAAGGCAAAUCUUCUAUCUUCCAGAUCUCGUGUAGCGCCACUGAAGACUAUCACAAUACCCAAGUUGGAAUUAUGUGGUGCAGCGCUACUCGCUCAGCUUAUGCAUGAAGUGUCUUUGAUGAACUUCAAGUGCUCUUAUUAUUGCUGGUGUGACUCCACAGUCGUUUUGGCUUGGAUCAAGAAUCAACCAUCCAACUUCAAUGUAUUUGUCGCUAAUAGACUUUCUGUUAUUCAGGAACUCACAUCUGGAAUGUCUUGGCUCCACGUGCCAACUGAUCUAAACCCUGCCGAUAUGCUUUCUCGAGGAUCAUUACCAGCUGAGCUCAUCAAUUCUCAUCUUUGGAAGUAUGGACCUACAUACUUGACAGCCAGUAAGGAUCAAUGGCCAAGUACACCUGCUCUUCCAGAGCCGGUUUUGGAGGCACGAAAAACCAUACUAAUUACAAACUGCGCGUCAAGAUAUUUGGUGGAAGAAUCAAAGUUUGUAAAUUCCUUCCCCAAAAUGCAACGAAUUUUUGCGUAUGUAUGCAAAUUCAUUCAUCGACGAAAGUCUGGAAUAACUGUGGAGGACUUGCGUUUGGGAACCGAACUGCUUAUUCGUCUUACUCAACAAUCUCGUCUAUCCACUGAAAUAAGAGCCCUGGAAACGCGAAGGGACAUCAAGGCUUCAAGCUCGAUCGCCUCUCUUUCGCCAUUUUUAGAUGAUUGCGGUUUGCUUCGAGUUGGAGGGCGUCUUAAAAACUCUACCUUGGACUUUGAAGCACGGCAUCCCAUAAUAUUGCCCAAGAAUCAUUCCAUCACUUCUGCUCUGAUACGGCACUUACACGAAAAGCACCUUCACGCUGGACCCCAGUCGCUAUUAGCCAUCAUUCGUCAAACGUACUGGCCAAUCGGUGGCCGAAAGACCGUAGCACACGUAAUCCAAAAGUGUGUCAGAUGCUUUAGAGUGAAGCCUCGAACUCUCGAGCAAAUAAUGGCAGAUCUUCCGGUGGACAGAGUCAGCGAAUCUCGUGCAUUUUUAGUUACCGGCGUGGACUAUUGCGGUCCGUUCCUGUAUAAAUCAGAAGUUCGAAACCGGCCCCCACUAAAGUGCUACAUGAGCAUUUUUAUAUGCUUCUCCACCAAGGCGGUUCACAUCGAGCUUGUGAAGGAUCUUACAACAUCUGCGUUCCUCUCUGCUCUUCGCCGUUUCAUUUGCACCCGUGGAAGACCGAUUCGUAUUUGGUCAGAUAAUGCCACAAAUUUUGUUGGAGCGCGGAACGAACUGGCGGAACUUAAGUCGCUAUUCCUAAGCGACAGUCAUCAAGAAGCCGUGCAUCAAGCUUGUCUCAACGAUUGCAUCGAUUGGCGUUUCAUUCCUCCUAGAUCGCCACAUUUUGGAGGAUUGUGGGAGGCGUCAGUCAAGCUUGCUAAGCAUCAUCUUCGACGUGCCCUCGGAUCCUCGCUUCUUGGAUUUGAUGAGCUGCGCACUCUCGCGUGCAAUAUCUGUGCAAUCAUUAAUUCAAGGCCAUUGUUUCCUCUUUCAGAGAACCCUGCAGAUCUCGAUGUACUCACGCCCAGCCAUUUUCUAGUUGGCGCCCCUAUCACAACCUUCUUGGAGCCUGACUUGGUUCAUUUAAACGUCGAUCGCUUGGACCGUUGGCAGAAGGUCACACAGCUUCAGCAAAUUCACGUCAAUGAUGUCGUUCUUGUUAAGGACGAGAACUUCCCUCCUCUGAAGUGGCCUCUAGCGAGAAUCCUCGAGCUCAUCCCAGGAGCUGAUGGCGUAUCUCGAGUCGCCUUGAUCAGGAUGGCUACAGGUGUUAGCCGAAGAGCACUUGCAAAACUAUGUCUAUUGCCUCUACGAGAUGAGGUGAAAGGCAUGGAUCCUUCCACGGGGGGAGUAUGUUCGGGCGAAGCCCGAGUGUAAAUUUUAUACCAUUGUUUUAUUGCCUAUCAAUUCACUUUCUUUUCUAUUUUGGUCAU